UUGGCCGCCGCCGCCGCCGCCGCUCUGAGGCGGAGUAGGAUGAGGCCCGCGGCCGCGGCUCCGGCGUCUGCAGGGGCAGCGGCAGCUGAGGCAGCAGCUGAGGCAGCCGCGACGGCCGCGCCCCCUGCUCCUGACCUGGAUUAGGCCCAGCGGCUCCGUGGCCGCCGCCGCCCCGCGGGGGGGCGGGGUGGGGAAGCGUCUGGUCUCCCCGCCCGCCCCCCCCACCACAUCACCGCCUCGCUGGAGGCUCUCGCCGCGACCCCAGCGGCGCCCGCGGCCCAGCCCUGAGCCCCCGCCCCGGGGGGCUGGCAUGAGCGGCGCUUCGGCGGCGCCGGGGGGCGGGGGAGCCGCCGCCUGAACCCCGGCCUGCCGCCGACCCCUCCUCGCUGACCGCGGCUGACCGCGGAGCUGACGAAAGACCCCGCCACUGCUUACCCGCGCCCCCCCGCCCCCCCGCUUCACCCCCAGAUCACACCCCCUAGCCUCGGAAGAUGGGGAACUGCCUCAAAUCCCCCACUUCGGAUGACAUCUCCCUGCUCCACGAGUCUCAGUCCGACCGGGCUAGUUUCGGCGAAGGGACGGAGCCGGACCAGGAGCCGCCGCCGCCAUAUCAGGAACAAGUUCCAGUUCCGGUCUAUCAUCCAACACCUAGCCAGACCCGCCUAGCAACUCAGCUGACUGAAGAGGAACAAAUUAGGAUAGCUCAAAGAAUAGGCCUUAUACAACAUCUGCCUAAAGGAGUUUAUGACCCUGGAAGAGAUGGAUCAGAAAAAAAGAUCCGGGAGUGUGUGAUCUGUAUGAUGGACUUUGUUUAUGGGGACCCAAUUCGAUUUCUGCCGUGCAUGCACAUCUAUCACCUGGACUGUAUAGAUGACUGGUUGAUGAGAUCCUUCACAUGCCCCUCCUGCAUGGAGCCAGUUGAUGCAGCACUGCUUUCGUCCUAUGAGACUAAUUGAGCCAGGAUCUGUCAUCUGACUUCAAGUGAACCUUCAUUUUUUUGGUGGUUUUGAUCUUUUGUCACUGAGCCCAAAGAGCCAGGGAUUAGGAAUUAAGAUCAUGCACAAAAGUUUCCUAAAAAUUCCUGAAUGGCUGCAGAUGUUGGGGAAAAGUACGUCAUAUUUUAGAAACUUAGGGGGAAAAGUAGGAUGGUAUUUUUAUGUAAAGCCUUGACCCAGUGUUUAAAAAUAUAUAAUUGUAUUUAGAUCUUGUUAUUGCUCCAGUACAUAGGAAUUGUGUAAAGUGUUACAGCAGCUGUUAUAUGUUUAAAUCGUGUGUGUUGAAGAUUAGGAAAAAGAUAGUGGUUGUUUUUCCUAAAUGAAAUAACUUUUUUCUUCCCCCACCCAAAUUCUUUUCUGAAGUUGCUAGCAUUUGGGUCAAGGUUUUAUUAAAAGCUACAUUUUAUAACACUGGCACAAAAAAAAAGUAGUUUUAAGCUUGUUUGCACAGUUCUUUUUUUCCAUUGGAAAUGGAAUUCAUUGCCUUAGGUCUUUUUAAAUAGUGUAUUAUUAUCGUUGGGGCUGGCUCUAUGCUUGAAAACCAGUUUAUUUAUAACCUGUUAUAAGUGCUAUAUCUGUUUGCAGUUAGGAAAUGCAGAAUUCAAAGUGAUCUCCUAGCUUGUAAGCAAACUGAGAUGCACUAUCCCUUUCUAUAAAAAAACAUGAGUUAAUGUGUCAAGAAACCAACUCUAGUAUGGGGUUUAGUAUUACCCUUUCCAGUGUGUUUUAUCUAAUUAUUUUGGUUAAUAUGGUGAUAAUUAAAAGUCAAGGUAAAUUUUAAAAAUUAAGAUUUCUGAUUUAUUGAGCUUGAAUUAUGCCACAGUGCUUAUGUAAAAAUGAAAGUGGCACCAUGGUGAAACUGAGAAAAGUUUCUCGGUUUUAACAAUUUUGAUUUAUUCUUUCUUGUGACCUCCUUCCCUGUUGUCUUGAACCAUAGCAAAAGGAUACUGCAUCUCUUAUUAUUGUAGUGCUGAGGUUAUUGAAAUUAUACAAAACACAUCUCAGUCUCUGUUUCUUGGAAAGUCCUGCUAGCUGACUGGCAAGUCUAGUAUAAGCAAGGAUAAUUAAGAUAUAUGUAUUUCAUGUUUUGCACACAAAUGCUGAAUUUGUAUAACCACAUGACUUCAUAGUUGUGAUCUCAAAAAAGAAGGAAUUUCUCCUUUAUUUUUUUCUUGCAGUUAAUGUAAGAACACUGAAUCUCUAAGCUUCUGAAGUGUUAGAGGUAGAGAUGGUCUAGUAAAGAUGUAGUUGUAAUGUUUUAUCCAUUUAGCAUGUGUUUAUUUUUCCGUAUGUACUAAGAGGUGGUUUAUUUGUUCAGCUCAGUGAUAUUACAGCUAAAGAAAUCAUUCAUUAGCAAAAGGAGAGGCAGUUUCAACCUAACAAAUAAGAAAUGUUUCUUAUUAUUUUAUAUUGAGUUGAAUAUUUGACUCUUAACACUUUUCUGGAUACAAAAUACAAGUAUCUUGAAGGUUCUUCAUAACUGCAUAUAGAGGAAUUUAGUAUGUCAUAAGUACUUUUUAAAGAUUUGACAUUUGGCUGUAGUAUCCAUAUGUUGGUUAAUUUUCUUAUGAGCCCCAUGAUGGAAAGACUUAAAGAUGAAUUUGAGAGAAAAAAAUGAAAGGAAUUAGAUUGUCAGGUUCUAUUAAAUUGUUACAUGUAUCUUGCUUAAUUUUUGUUCAUUAAUUUAUAUCCACCCAAUUACAUAAAGCAAAUUUGGAGGAAACACCUGAAGUUGUGCAAUAUUUUUAGUGAUAUUAUUGUUUUUAUCCUUGUGUUUUCUAUUUAAACAUGAUGUCUGUGUUAUCAAGUAUUAUAGUCAGACUUCCUUUUUUCUAGAUCUUUAAAUUUGGUAAAUGAACUUUUUAAAAACUCAUUUUUUAUGUUGCUUUUAGUCUUUCUUUAUAUAUGGCUUCUUUCACAGAAGUUUGGUAGUAUUUAAGGUACCAUUGAGUUUGGUAGUAUUGAAUUGAAUGCUUUUUUUUUUUUAGGUACUUUGUAUUCUUUGAUUUUGACCUUCAGAUACAUGUUAAAAACCACCAAUUUUGGCUUUUACUAAGUUAAAUAAAGUUAUAAUACAGUUGUAAAGAGCUAAAGUUAGAGUUGAUUACAUAACAAUAUUUCCCAAGUUUUCUAAUCUUUUCUUUAAAAUAUAUAUGUAUAGUUUUAGUCAGUUACUUUUUAAUCUUUGAGUAUAUAUACUUUGGGGAAAGUAUUUUUAUGGCUUGGUAUUUCAUCAUAAAUUUAGAAGCUUAAUAGAUUCAAAUUUUCUAAAGCCAGAUGAUAUUUAGAUUAGCAUGUUCAUGCUUGGCUAUAGGAUUUAAAAUGUCUGAAAAGCCUGAUGAGGAAAAAUUAAAAGAAUGUUAUUCUUUUAAAUGUAAACUAAACAAAUUUAAAUAUUAGUAGUUUGGUUCACAGAAACCUUUUCAAUUCUAUGAGUGUUCUUUGUAGAGAAUUUCUUAAGCCCAAUAUUAUAACUCUCCCUACUAUCAGUACUUACCGUGUGAUAUUAAAACAGUAUGAUUUUACAGAAUACAGUGAGCAUUGAAGUAACAAAUUCUCUAAGUACAAACUCCUUUGUAAGGAAGCAUGCAUUUUUAAAAAGGAGAAUGGGAAUCAGGAAAAAGGUAAGUUUCUUUGGCAUAAUUCAGAAAUGUAUGCAGCUUGGUGGCUACCUCUGCUUACAAGGACAUUAGCUAGUAGUCAGUUUCUAAGUCAACUGAUUCACUUGCAUUUAAGUGCAUCGUAGCUGACAUAACCUCAACUAAUAUUUUUUUAAUCUUUAUUAUUGAAAGUAUUACAGAUGUCCCCCAUUGACCCCUUUUAGCUCACCCCGCCCUCCAUGCAAGGCCUUCACCACAUUAUUGUCUAUAUCCAUGGGUCAACUAAUUUUUUAAGCCUUUAAUUUUGAAAUUAGUGGACACGGGAAAAGUUGGAUUUUUGGUUAGUAGCUCCUGAAGUAAUAUUAAAUUUAUUCACCUGAAUUUAAAGAUCAUCUAGUCCAGUGGUCGGCAAACUCAUUAGUCAACAGAGCCAAAUAUCAACAGUACAACAACUGAAAUUUCUUUUGAGAGCCAAAUUUUUUAAACUUCUUCUAACGCCACUUCUUCAAAAUAGACUCGUCCAGGCCGCGGUAUUUUGUGGAAGAGCCACACUCAAGGGGCCUAAGAGCCGCAUGUGGCUCACGAGCCACAGUUUGCCGACCACGGAUCUAGUCUUUUAUUGGGUGGAGAGAAAGCCAGAAAAGAUAGUUUGUUUUCCCCUUCCUGCCUACCUCUCUAAAUAGCUCUCUUGCUCCAGCCUUACACUCAACUAGACUUCCCUAAGACACAAGCCUGAUUCGGGAUGUUCCCAUCAGGGGAGUCAGUAUCUGGCAUGAGAGCCAGUAUCUUCCUGAUGCAUUAUAUUAAUCCUGUGGGGACUUAGCAGCUGAAUUCCUUCUUGUUUUCCCCACUUGGUCCAAGUUUCUAAGUAUUUUGCUAUUGAGUUCUCUUGUUUCCAUUAACUUUGUGCUUUCUCACAAAGGCUAUUUGAUGCUCCUGCUCCCUUUGGAAAUGAAUUGGUAUUAUAGGCUACCCUGCCUAUUAGAAAGUUUGGAUCUACCCAUUUAUCUCUUUAAAUACAUUUUUUCCUAAGGAAGAUAUUCUCAAAACCUAGGUGCUUAUUUAAUAAAUGCUUGUUAAAUAAAGUAUAGAGUAAAAAUGUCCAACUACAAAAUUUCAUCAUUGCAUUGAAUAUAAUUGUUGAUUGACCCUCCGUGAGGUGAGAUUUUCUUAAGAGCUUUCAAAGAUAAUAUCUGAAAGAAUUUUUUCUUGGUUCUAUAUACAUCAAAAUAUGUAUUUGUCUAUGCUCAGGUAGUGAUUUAAUGUUCACAGUUCAAAUUUAGAUAGGGCUUUAGUUUGUGAUGUUAAUCAGGGAUGGGGAACCUUUUUCUGCCAAGGACCAUUUGGGUAUUUAUAACAUCAUUCAUGGGCCAUACAGACUUAUCAACUUAAAAAUUAGCCUGCUAUAUUUGGUCAGGCAUUUAACUCACCCCUAAUGCCUUGCAGGGCCAGACCAAAUGAUUUCGAGAGCCUUAUACAGCCCCCUGGCUGGAUGUUCCCCAUCCCUGAUUUAAGUGAAACAUAAGGUUAAUGGAGUAAAUAACUGUAAAUGUUCAGUCCUAUUGCAUUAUAUAAACAUCUUAAAACAGUA